CCGACCAUGUCGUCCUGCAGCCGCGUGGCCCUGGUGACCGGGGCCAACAAGGGCAUCGGCUUCGCCAUCGCGCGCGAGUUGUGCCGGCAGUUCUCGGGGGACGUGGUGCUCACGGCGCGGGACGAGGCGCGGGGCCGGGCGGCGGUGCAGCAGCUGCAGGCCGAGGGCCUUAGCCCGCGCUUCCACCAGCUGGACAUCGACGACCUGCAGAGCAUCCGCGCCCUGCGCGACUUCCUGCCCCGCGAGUACGGGGGACUAAACGUGCUGGUCAACAACGCAGGCAUCGCCUUCAAGAGAGCUGAUUCUACACCCUUUCAUAUUCAAGCAGAGGUGACACUAAAAACAAACUUUUUCGGCACCCGAGAUGUCUGCACAGCGUUGCUGCCCCUGAUAAAACCCCAAGGCAGAGUGGUCAACGUGUCAAGCAUGGUCAGUCUCGGAGCCCUAAGAUCCUGCAGCCCAGAGCUGCAGCAGAAGUUCCGUAGUGAGACCAUCACAGAGGAGGAGCUGGUGGCGCUCAUGAACAAGUUUGUGGAAGAUACAAAGAAUGGGGUGCACCAGAAGGAGGGCUCGCCUAACACCGCAUAUGGUGUGUCAAAGAUCGGGGUCACAGUCCUAUCCAGAAUCUAUGCCAGGAACCUGAGUGCACAGAGGGGAGGUGACAAGAUCCUCCUGAAUGCCUGCUGUCCAGGAUGGGUGAGAACUGACAUGGCAGGGCCCAGGGCCACCAAAAGCCCAGAAGAAGGAGCGGAGACCCCCAUGUACUUGGCCCUUUUGCCCUCAGAUGCUGACGGGCCUCAUGGACAGUUUGUUACGGAGGAAAGAGUUGAGCGGUGGUGAGCUUGACUCCCAGCGCCAUUCUUGGGUGCCAUUUUGUUCCCGUCCUGAUUAAACCACAGGGCACUGACACUUGUCAUCAACAUCCCUAU